AUGAGCUCGCAAGGAAUAACCCGCAAGAGACCUGCACCGGGAACAGUACCCCCCGUCCAUCCUCAGAUGAACCCUGUACCGAACUUUCCGGCCACUGCGAACCCUGGAUCUCAGCUUUCGAACGAUCAAUUCUUACAAUGGGGCCAGAACCCCCCCGUCAACGCCAUCAAUACCUCCGCCUUCUCUGAUUCAUCCUACAACCCCGUAGGUUUUGCGCCACCCCAAGAUGUGUCGGCACCGGCUGCGACAGCAUCUAACCAGCUCGCCCGCCGACAAGCGAACCAGGUGGUCAGCCGAAACCGUGGCUACGAGCAACCUCCUGCUUCAUAUGUGGAAAAUGGAGGAAACAAUGGAAGUGGUGAGAGCGGCGCAUGGGGGGAGUCUCUUGAUGAGCUCUACCGGCGAGCCUUGACUGCGAAGAGAGAUUCACAGGCAAAACGAAAGCAAAUCCCGCCAUUUGUACAGAAAUUGAGCAGCUUCUUGGACGAAUCCAAGAAUACAGAGUUGAUUCGAUGGUCCGACGAUGGCAAUUCCUUCGUUGUCCUAGACGAAGAUGAGUUUGCGAGAACAUUGAUCCCCGAGCUCUUCAAACACAAUAACUACGCCUCAUUCGUCCGACAACUGAACAUGUACGGCUUUCACAAGAAGGUCGGACUUUCCGAUAAUUCGAUGCGGGCCAGCGAACGGAAAAACAAGAGUCCCAGCGAGUACGCCAACCCUUAUUUCAAACGAGGCCACCCGGAUUUGCUAUGGCUCAUUCAGAAGCCAAAGAACGCUGGAGGCGGCGGACAUGCAAGCAAACCUAGCAAGGGCGCCGCGCGCGUGAAGACGGAGGAUAUUGAUGAUAAUGACAUGGAUGAUUAUGCCGAAGAGGGUGCACCGGCUGUUCGCGAUAACCGUGCUCCCCGACCACAGCAAUUGUCGUUAGUCACGGACGGCUCUGUACCCAACGAUCAACUUUCUGGGGUAUAUCGCGAACUUCAGGCGAUUCGUCAACAGCAGUCAAUCAUCUCAACCACAAUCACCAGGCUGCGGAAAGAACACGAGCAACUCUAUGCGCAGGCAGCCAACUUCCAGGAGCAACACACUCGCCAUGAGAACUCCAUCAAUGCCAUUCUAACAUUCCUUGCAACCGUAUAUAACCGCAGUUUGCAGGGAGAGGGUGGGCCACAGAACCUCGCGAAUUCUUUCGCAGGAGCCAUUUCGCAGGACCAAGGAAACAUUGUGGAUGUUGAUGAUGACUAUCUUACCAAUGCCCUAGGAUCAAUGACUAGCCCCAGCGCCCAGAGAACAAUGAAGAAGCCGCCGCUGCUUUUGAAGGCUCCGCCUGCAGCGGACGCGUAUGCUCGGUCCUCCACAAUUUCACCAUCAGCCAGUGGCUCCUAUGACACGCGGUCUCGGGGCCAUACUCGACAACCCAGCGCCAACCGGCACGGCCAUGUGGAGGAGGUCUUUGACCACAGCCCCCGCUCAAGUGCUCCGACCGUUACUCCGGGACAGCCGACAGACGAGAACCCUCAACAGGACAUUAUGUCUGUAAUCCAAAACUCCAAUGCACGCAACGGGCUCUCAACGAACUUCUCCGAGUUCCCAAAUGUGCUCUCCUCCCUCGAAAAUCAUGGUGGUAAUGUUCCCCUUACGGCAAAUCAACGCGCCGAUAUGCUUCGACUCAUGGCCAACGAAACAAAUUCAUCAGAACCCAACGCUGGCGUAUCACCCAACAAUGCGCUCAUCUCGCCGAAUCCACCAGCCAUGCCGCACAACUACUCGGGCAGGCUAGCCAGCACACGACAAGAGAUCGACAACCUAGUCAAGAUGCAAGCUGAGCAGGAUCGUUCUGUCCAGAACUUGACUAGUCUUCUCCAGCCGCUGAGCCCGAAUGGCACCAUUCCCGGUAUCGACAGUGAGGGCAAUGUACCUCCACCGCCGCUUGACCUCGACCAAAUCUUCAACAACGACUACUUCACCGACAUUGGAGAUGCAGGUUCCGAUAUGAAGAAACAGGCCGAGAAUCCAAUGAGCCACUUGGGGGCAGGCCAGAAUACACACGAUCCUGUUGAGACCGUCCAGGGCGAUGAGGGAGACACCAACGACCUGUUCGAUUUCGAUCACAUCCCCGCCGAGCCUGAUCUCUUUGAAACCCCCCAUAAUGGGCAGGGAGAUCCCACCUACAGCUAUGGCUUCGACGGUGCCGGCUACGAUGAAUCUGGGCGUGUGAUCGAGCAACUGACGGAUAGCGAAACCACCAGUCCCGCAGCCACGGAGAAUUCAGGCGAAGCUGUAAAUGAUGGCGGCAGUGCGACGAAACGGCGCAGAAAGGCGUGA